GUCCUCUCCUGUUCGAUUCAGUGACCUUUUGUUAUACAUACUCUCUGCCAAAGACUAAAGAAUCAGCAUCACAUCCGCGUUGAAUGCCCGAAGUCUCGGAGCAGUGCUUUUGGUAAUCAUAAAAUUGUUGCUUAAUGCUUUUCUCUACACUUCGACACUCUCUUCUCCGUCGACCACAAACACGAUUCAUGACGCAAUCAGUACUUGCUCCUGCUUCCAAAUUCAAGCUCGCCUUGAUUCAGCUGAAGGGAUCGCCCGAUAAGCAAGCCAAUCUCGCCAAGGCCCGUGCUCAAGUUUUACAAGCUGCCAACCAAGGUGCUAAUGUCGUCGUCCUUCCGGAAUGCUUUAAUUCACCUUACGGUACGAAUUUCUUCCCAGAAUAUGCCGAGGUGUUAAAGACUAGUCCUUCUGUUGAUAUGCUUUCAGGUGUUGCCAAGGAAGCUGGCGUGUACCUUUUUGGUGGCUCGAUUCCAGAACGCGACGAGUCGGAUAAAGAUAAACUCUAUAAUACGUUGACGGUUUACGAUCCAUCAGGCAAAAUGAUUGCUACUCAUCGUAAGGUGCACUUGUUUGAUAUUGACGUUCCUGGCAAGAUUCGCUUUAUUGAAAGCGAGACGUUGUCAGCCGGUGAUUCCUUGACUCUUGUAGAUACAAAGUAUGGUAGAAUUGGUGCAGGUAUCUGCUACGACAUCCGAUUCCCAGAAAUGGCCAUGGUUGCAGCACGUAAAGGAUGCGUUGCUAUGCUUUAUCCUGGUGCAUUUAACAUGACGACUGGCCCUAUGCACUGGGAGUUAUUGCAGCGUGCAAGAGCCAUGGAUAACCAGAUGUAUGUUGCAGCAUGCUCUCCCGCACGCGAUGGAUCCGCUUCUUAUGUUGCUUGGGGCCAUUCAACGGUAGUCGAUCCAAAGGGCGCAGUAAUCGCGACCUGCGAUGAAAAGGAGACUAUUGUCUAUGCGGAUAUUGACCCCGAAGAAGUUCAGUCCAUUCGUAGAAACAUCCCGCUUUACAGUCAACGUCGAUUUGACAUCUACGGCGACGUAGCCAAAACUGUAGUUGUUGACGAGAACGGCAACGGUGUAAAAAAGCAAUAAAUUGCAGUAGUGAUUAUUGCUGUAAUACUAGGAUCAUCAUUAUAAAAAAAUAAACCAGAAGAGAGAGAGAGAGAGAGAGAGAGAGA